CUGUUGCCCCAAGCCACCUCGGCCGCGUCUGUCAAUCAUUAGGAACUGUUGACCUUUCGAUUGUCUAUUGCUUGUUCAAUUAGCUCUUGGCGCACAAGCACAAACUAUGGCUGAGAAGGCAGAAGAAAGCAACGGCAUGGUUAUGGAAGAAGUGGGCUUCAAAGUAGGGUACCAGCAGCAGCAUGAAAGAUCUUGGCCCUCUGGAGGGAAGAUUGUAAUUUUCGGGCUCAUCGCUGUGGGAGUUUUACUGAUCAUUAUCGGAGUCGUUCUACUCACAUUGGCACAUUUUAAGAACGAGGCAUGCAGUGUAGAAGGAACAAAGGUACAUGUUCCUCCAACCAAUUUUAAGAACAAGGCAUGCAGUGAAGAAGGAACAGUCCUCCAGGGCUUGCUUCCCAAUCCCCCCUCCUCUCCCCCAGGGCUUGCUUCGCAGGCUACAGAGGUACAUGUUCCUCCAACCAAGCAGCCUUCUCAGCAAAUGCCUGGGCGAUGCGAAGUUUCAGCGGAAGCUCAGAGAGUUGGCCUCAAUGAACUUUUGAAGAGAGUGAAAUCAACAUACUUUGAGUUGCAUCCAUUUAGUAUUCCGUUCAAUCCCGACAUAAACAUGGAAUCGUUAGAAGGAUGUGAGAGAAUCAGAAGAGACUAUGAGGCGUACGAUCCGACCCCAUCUGUCAUCAAAAAUCGCACUGAUGUAUCUCGGGCUUUGCUAAACGAAAUUACGCGCAAAACUGAGCGGGUCAAAAUGAACGCUUUGAAGCCACGAGAAAGGAAAUCCUUGGCACAAGUGAAGCACUAUCUUCAACACACGUUCGGUCAACCGUAUGAUGUGAACUAUUACGCCGGGGAUUGGAUGAUGGGACCGAAUUUAUUCUGCUGGCAGCCUAUCUGCUUCCACGGGUACGACUUCUACAACGCCAUAAUCUAUCACAGACCCACCAACGAGACAGACGUGAAAGUUAUCAGAUCUCUGCUGGAGACGCACCAGAGAGGAAUUUUGCAGUAUAUCGAGAACAUGAAAAUGGGAGUUAAAAAGGGAAUGGUUCGUAGUAGGGAGGAAUGCGUCGCCGGGACAGAUUCACUGAAAAGGAAAUAUUUGAACGUUUCCCUCUACAAUGAGACAGGUAUUUGGAAGGAGUGGUUUGUUGAACCAACCUUUCAUCCUGAUUUUUACAACUAAAUACCAGAGAAAGUUGAUCAAGCCUGGAAGGAAGUGCAUGGAAAGACUAUUAAUGAAACAGUGAAGGAAUAUCUGUUGACUUACCUUGGAAAACCCUUGCAUCAGCUAAUACGGUAUUUAGAAGAUGAACACAUUCACUACUGUGUCCCAAGUAAUGUUUCCAGUGGAUUAGGAAGACUGCCACUUAGUCAUGUGUGGUAUGAUGGCAAAGAAGAUAAGAGUAGGCCAACAGACCCAACUUUGCCAACUGGUGAAAAUCUGAAUGGUUCCCAUGCAUACUCCCUAAUCAUGCCAUACUUCACCACUAAUGAUAUGAAACCAUCUGAAGUCCAUGAACUGGGAAAAAAGCAAUUAGAUGAACUAUAUCCAUUGGUGGUAGAAAUAGCCAAAGAAAUGACAGGUACAAAUGAUAGUGAUUUGGCUGUGAAACUCUUCAGACAAAGGCUUAACUCCACAGAAAGCUUCUUUAAUGAUGCACCAAUCCCAGCAAAUGAGUCAAACAAAGAGGCACAUAAAAGAUGCAGCGAUCUUGCUGGUGCAGAAAAACAUUGCCCCAAACGGUGGGCUGCAAUGCAGUUGUGGUUUAAGGAAGCUAGAAGGGUGAUGAGCAUGCUGGAUCCAAAAACGGUGGAUAUGUUCUACUUUACUGGUCCCAAACACACCACACCCAACUGUCCUGUGGACCUGCAGCCUGACCUCAACCCAUCCAGUGGAGCACAAAGUUAUGAAAAUAGUGAUGCGCAAUGUUCUAGGAAUGCUAUCUACAAUAUUCCAUUUUUCUUGGAAAAUCUGGGUCCGAGGUUCUCAGAAUGGAGUGUGAAUGCACAUGAGGCAAGGCCUGGCCAUCAUACACAGGUUCAAGGAACUAUUGAGCAUUUUCAAGAUGGCUGUGAUGAUGCCCUGACUUGGCUAGACACACAGACGUAUUACACAGCCUUCACAGAGGGAUGGGCACUGUAUGCUGAGAAUCCUCUUAUAGCUGAAGACACAGACACAUAUGACAAUGAGCCCAUGCAGCAGUUUGGCAUGUUGAAAUGGCAGAUUUGGCGGGCCUUGCGAUUGAUUGUGGACACCGGACUCCACUUCUACCCUAACUUUACCAGAGAAGAUGCACUUUGGCAUUUCGACAAAUUUGCCUGGGACAACACGGACUUGGCGCAAAAGGAGGUGAGUUUUAUUUAUUUAUUUAUUUUUAUUCAUGUUUUUGUUAUCACACCACUCAAGAAGCAAGCUCGAUUUAUCUCGAGUCCGGUCUCCAAUCCUCCCCGNGUUCUAGCUCAAGGAUCCUCUCCACUCGCUUACCUUCAAGACCACAUCAAGAGGUACGUUGAUUGUGUUCAAGACAAUGCAAAGGAGGGGUGCGACGUCAUCCUUAAUGCACCCAAGAAGUCCUCUGUUGUUAAGAAACGAAUCAAGCGUCGUGGCCGAGUCAUGGAAUUUUCCAAAAGCAACGAACAGAUGGUCAUUCCAGAUUCGGAAAUAAAGUUUUAUGGAGGACGUUCCAAAGAGAGAAUGAUUUCACUAGCGAUUUUUGCUGUGGGGGUUAUCCUAUUCAUCGUAGGAAUCGUGUUGAUUGCAGUUGCAGCAGCCGACAAGAAUGAGACUGAGAAACGUACAGGCAACUCAUCCACUGGCAAGCAAGGAGAGAGUGAAGAAACCACUGCACCUCUAACUGGAGCCACCAUUGCAACAACAACAACAACAACAACAACAAAGAGCCCCCUUACAGCAACAACUCAAGCUCCUUCAGGUCGAUGUGAUUUCUCUGAAGAAGCGCAGCGAGUGGGGCUUGGCGAGUUCCUUAGUCGAGUGAAGGCUACACACUACAAACUUCAUCCCUACGACGUUUACUGGAACCCUGAUGUGACCAAAGACAAGGUCCGACUAGAAUUUGUUGCCUAUGACCCUACUCCAUCUGUGAUUAAAAAUCGAACUGACACUGCCCUGAAUUUGCUAAGGGAAAUCAACAAUAAAAAGAUCAAUGCUGAUGCGUUACAACCCCGAGAAAGGAAGGCGCUGGCCCAAGUGAAGCAUUAUCUGCAGCAUAUAUUCGGUCAGCCUUAUGACGUGAAUUACUACGCCGGAGACUGGAUGUUGGGUCCGAAUUUGUUUUGCUGGCAGGAAAUCUGCUAUCAUGGAUAUGCAGUUCAUAAUGGCCUGGGUCUGUACCACAAGCCUUACAGUGUAGCCGACGUGGAGCUGAUCGAAAAUAAACUGAAAACUCACAAAGCUGGCAUUUUGCAAUACGUCGCCAAUAUGAAGAUGGGAGUUCGCAAAGGAAUGGUUAGAAGCGUAGAGGAGUGCGUAGCUGGUAUAAACACAAUCAAAAGACAGUAUUUGAAUGUUUCACGAUACAACGCAACAGGCGUGCUUAAAGCAUGGUUUGUGAAACCAUUUCUGGAUCCUGAUUUCUACAGUAACAUAACAGAAGAGACUGAAACCGCGUGGAAGAAGGAUCAUCCUGGAAAGAAUGUCAGCGAAAGUAUAAAGGAAUAUCUGGUGGAAUAUGUGGGAGAACCACUUGAACAGAUGUUAAGAUACAUUGAAUAUGAACACAUUCGUCAUUGCGUUCCAAGCAACGUAUCUAGCGGUCUAGCUGGUCUUCCGCUCAAGUAUGUUUGGCUUGAUGGCAAAGAGAACAAGUCCCAGCCCACUGACCCAUUCCUACCGAGUGGUGAAAAGCUGAAUGGAUCGUUUGCCUAUUCCAAAAUCAUGUCAUAUUUCACAACAAACGACAUGACUCCAAUGGAUGUUCAUGAGCUUGGCAAAAAGCAGCUCGCCAUUCUCUAUCCUAUGAUUGUCGAUGUUGCAAAACGUGUUACCAGAAAUGACGAUAAUGACACAGCAGUAGCGGAGUUUAAAAAGAAACUAAACUCAUCCGAGAGUUAUUUCAAUCCGGAACCAAUCCCUAAAAAUGAGUCUGAUAAAGAGGCACACAAGAAAUGCGGUGAUAUUGAAGGAGCUAAGAAAUAUUGCCCCAAGCGAUGGGCUGCCCUAGAGUUGUGGAUGGCCGAAUCUAGGAAGGUGAUGAGUUUGCUGUCACCAAAAACGAUUCCCUUGUUCCACUUUACUGGGGAUUAUGCGACUACACCCAUCUGCCCGGUUGAUAUGCGGCCCAAUCUGAAUCCUUCCAGUGGGGCCCAAAGCUAUCAAAGUGCGGGUCCAGCCUGCACAAGAAGUGCCAAAUACAACCUUCCAUUUUUCUUGGAAAACUUGGGUCCCAGGUUCUCUGAAUGGAGCGUGAACGCCCACGAGGCGAGGCCAGGACAUCAUACACAAGUUCAGGGUAACGCGGAACACUUUCGUGACAUUUGCGGUGGUGUUAUUGGUUGGCUUGAUAGUGUCACGUACUACACAGCGUUUACAGAGGGAUGGGCGUUGUACGCUGAAAACCCACUGAUAGCUGAGGAUACAGACACUUAUAAGACCGAACCUCUGCAGAAGUUUGGAAUGCUGAAGUGGCAGGUAUGGCGAGCUCUUCGUUUGAUUGUCGACACUGGUUUGCAUUACGUUGGAUUCUCGCGGGACAAGGCUCUGGAAUACUUUAGUAAAUAUGCUUGGGACGAUACAGACCUUGCAAAGAAAGAGGUGACUCGGUACCAGAGUGACCCAGGACAAGCGACUGCUUACAUGAUUGGUCAGUUGCAGAUCAAGAGCGCUAGAAACUAUUCCAAAACUGAAUUGGGAGACGAUUUCAGUUUGCGAGACUUCCAUUAUCAGGUUCUUGCUCAGGGAUCCUCUCCGCUUGCGUACCUAUCAGAUCAUGUGAAAAAAUAUGUGGCGUGCGUCAAGAACACAGCGAGAGCAGGUUGUGAUGUUAUCCUGAAACCACCAAAGAAAGCGGAGGCAAAGGAAGGAGUAAAAGUAGGCCGCUGGGAAAAGAUACCGAAACCCAUUGUGCACCAUUUUUGAUACAUGAGGGUGAACCAUAGAAUGGCAGAGGGAUGCUUUCGUAAUUUAGAAGAGCCACGUACCUCAGUCCAAGCUUUGCAUUACUAAAAUGUUUAAAUGACCGACUGCGUUGAUUUAGUUUGAAUGACCAUGAACAAAUUUGCGUUUAGUGUAGUGGACCGACGUUAAUAGAUGAAGAAUGAAUUUCAACCUAGACACAUUUAACACGGCUCGAGUCCUCAAUUGCAACUAUUUGCAGUGUGAGUCGUAUCCUGUAGCAUUAUUAACCAUCGUUACCCUUUUUUGUGUAAAUUUAAGACGCGAGUUUUAGGCGAUGAAGUUUUGAAAAGCAUCUGCCUAUUUGUUGAGAUACAUUUUGUGAACUUGCAAAAUAAAAGUUUAUUAGCAUGGUCUUGA